CCGGCCGCCGCCGCCAUGUCGGCGCUGUGCGACCCCCCGGGCGGCGCGAGCCCCCCCAGACCCCCCCUCAGCGCCCAGGAGCUGUCGCAGGAGAUCAAGGCCUUCCUGAGCGGGCUGGACCCGGUGCAGGGCACGCCGCUGUCGCCGCCGGCGCACGCCCGCUGCGCCCUGCGGCUGCUGCGCUGCCUCCCGCCCGCCCGCCACGCCGCCCUGCACCACCUGCGGGGGCUCUUCGACGAGCAGGUCUGCGCCCACCUCCUGCAGCGGGAGGGCCCCCCGGGAGCCCCCAAGGCCGGCGCGGGCGCCGAGGUGGUGCAGGAGGUGCGCGGGGCCCUGGCCGAGUUCGUGGGCGCCAACCCCAAGGCGUGGGCGCCCGGCGUGGCCGCCUGGGCCAGCGAGCUCAUGGGGCAGCUGAGCAGCAAGUACGCCGGGCGGCCCGGGGUGCCCCCCGCCGCCAACCUGAACGAGCUGCUGCAGCUGUGGAUGGGCUGCCCCGCCACGCGGGCGCUCAUGGACAUCUACACGCAGUGCCUGUCGGCCAUGGUGGGCGGCUGCCCCGACGCCUGCGUGGACGCGCUGCUGGACACGUCGGUGCAGCACUCGCCGCACUUCGACUGGGUGGUCGCCCACAUCGGCUCCUCCUUCCCGGGCACCAUCAUCAGCCGGGUGCUCUCCUGCGGCCUCAAGGACUUCUGCGCCCACGGGGCCGCCCCGGGCGACGCGGCGUUCGCGGCGGGGCCGGCGGGCGCCGACAAGAGGGCGCCCAAGAUCGCGUCGGUGGUGGGCAUCCUGGGCCACCUGGCCUCGCGCCACGCGGGCUCCAUCAAGCAGGAGCUGCUGAGGAUGUUCCACGAGAGCCUGGGCUCGGGCAGGGAGCAGCACAAGGCCACGGUGCCCUUCCUGCUGCAGCUGGCGCUGAUGUCGCCGGCGCUGCUGGGCACCGUCUCGGCCGAGCUGGUGGACUCGCUGAAGCCGCCCGUGCUCAACCAGCUGCACCAGCACUUCUCGGCCCUGCCCCGCGACGAGCUGGAGCACGUGGUGGGCGUGGUGGUUCACCUCAUCUCCCAGACCUCGGCCGGCGCCUUCCGCAUCCUGCAGUUCCUGGUGGGCACGGCCAUGCCCGCCUCCGUCAUCACCUCGUCGCAGCCGGGCCCGCCGCUGCACGACGGGGUCCGCGAGGGCUGCGACCGCCUGGUGCAGCUGCUGCUGCUCAACCUGCAGAAGCUGGUGCACGGCAGGGGCGGCCCCGCGCCCGCCGAGGGGCCCCCGCGCCCGGUGCCCUUCCUGGAGGCGCUGCGGCCGCACGUGCGGGAGCUCUGCGUGGAGACGCUGCGGCUCGAGAGGAAGCGCUUCCUGUGGCAGCACCAGCUGCUGGGGCUGCUGGCCGUGUACUCGGCCCCGCACGGCGCCGCCGAGGCCCUGUUCUUCCUGCUGGCGCUGGCCAAGACGCCCGAGGAGCUGGCGCUGGCGCCGCAGCUGCACGCCGUGCUCUGCGCGGUGCUGCCCGACCCGCUGCCCGCGGCGGUGGCGGCGGCCGUGGCGCAGAUCCACGCGGGGCGGCUGCCGGAGCCGCAGCUGGCGCAGCUGCUGCGCAACCUGGCGCUGCUGCUGCAGUGGGACGGCGGCGGCGACGCCGGCGGGGCGGCGAGCGCGGCGCUGGGCGCGGCGCUGGCGCGGCACCUGCCGGACCUGGCGCAGCUGCUGCUGCACCCCCGGGCCGAGGUGGGCGACGCCGCGUGCCGGCUGCUGGCCGCCUGCCCCUUCCCGCGGGCGCUGCCCCCCGCGCACGCGCUGCCCGCCGUCCGCGCCGCCGUCCACCACUUCUUCCUGGCGCUGCGGCGCGGCGACGCCGCCGCCCUGGCGCCCGCGGCGCGGCUGCUGGCGCGGCUCAGCGCCGUGUCCGGCGCCGCCGCCAAGGCCGUGCUGGCGCAGCUGGUGGAGGGGGCCCUGCGCGGCCGCAACGCCGAGCUCUUCGGGGGCGCCGCCGAG